AGCCGCAAUCAGGGGGCAACAUUAAUUUGAGGAGGAACAGGGGAUGGAUCAGGAUUUCCUUGACAGCGUUACUGAGAACGGCCGUCCAGGACCUCCUCAGACCCCUGCAUCCUCCAUAGAAUCCUUACGGAGGCUAAAGAUUUCUCAGACCCAAUUUAGAAACGACACGCUCUGUCCCAUUUGCAAGGACGAAUUCCAGGUGGACGGAGAAGCAACAGAACUCCCCUGCAAGCACCUGUACCACUCCGAUUGCAUUAUCCCCUGGCUCAGCAUCCACAACACCUGCCCCGUCUGCCGCUAUGAACUCAAUGACAAUAACACCGGCGUGGUUGACGAGGAUGAAAAUAACUCCGGCAGGAUUAAUUUCAGUACUGUUGAACAGAUGACAGAUAUGCUGGGUUGGCUCUGGAGACAAUUUCUGUCCCUGAGACCUUUACUGUAUCUGAGACCUGUCCGAGCAGUUGCCGAUUGGACAAGAUUGUACAUUGAUUUUGUUUUUCGGUACAUUGUGCAUUAACUUUUCAAUUUGGGCAGGUAAGGUAAUUAUAUAUCUUACACGGUACACACAGUUUCCUGCCCUCAAAUUCAUGAAAUUUUUUAGUACAGAAUAAGUAUGGGUACAUGUACCGCACCAACUAAGAUGUUAAAAUGUAAAUAAGAUUAUUCAUAUUUG